AUGAUUGAAAAAAUAUCAUUCGCGAUACAUUUUGUUAUAAUAUUUUUAUUAUCGCGAAUCUUAUAAAAUUCAACAGAUUUUAAAACAUUUAUUUUGUAUUUAUCAAAUAAUUUUCUGUAUCAGCAUUACUUUCAAUUGAUGUAACUGAGACGCGAUUGGUUUUGAUUAAUUCUAAGUGGUCAUAGUAGAUAAUAUGUGUCCAAUGUAAGCGUAUUCAGUACAACGUAGUUCGGUGUAUCGAAAUUUUUUCGGUCAAUAACUAGUCAAAAAUACGUUCGAUGUAAUCGAAAAUACGAGAUAUAACAGAACAAGGGAUUGAGGUGAACGUUAAGUUAUUAAUAAAAGGUUACAUACUACUUGCAAUUUGUGGAAAACUAUGUCUGUCCUGAGAAUUCUACAAAAGUUGAAGCAUUCCGCUCAAAAAAGACCGUUACUCUUCAAUUCAGUGAUAUACGGUUCAUUUUAUACUGGUGCUGAAUUUACACGACAAACUUAUAGCAGAAUAUUUAAGUUCCCAUUAUCAACAAUGUCGGAGAACACCGUAGAAUUGAAUACGAUCGAGAACAAGGGACCGCUAUUUAUUUGGACCAAUAAAUUCAACGAAACGUUGGGUUUACUGGACGAAAACAACUCAACGGGAUUAAGAGACUACAAUUGGGCCCAACUUAAGCGAUAUGCUAUCUAUGGUUGUUUCAUUGCAGGACCGGUGUUACAUGCAUGGUACAAAUGGUUAGACGCGUUCUACAAAGGCACGGCAAUGAAGAUAAUUCUUGCAAAACUUUGUGUCGACCAAUUUGUUCUUACACCACCAUUGAUUAUAAUAUUUUUUAUCAGUAUGAGCCUAAUGGAAGGCAAGCAGGAUAUUUUUAAUGAAUGCAAAGCGAAAUUUCUUCAAACUUUUAAGACCUCGUGCAUGUAUUGGUUACCAGUUCAGUUCUUAAAUUUUCUACUAAUACCACCAACAUUACGAGUUUCUUUCGUCGGUGUAGCGGCUUUUUGUUGGGUAAACAUUCUUUGCUAUUUGAAAAGUUCACCAUUAAUUGACAGCAAUAACAACAACAAUAGCGAAAUAAAGUGUUGACCUCUCUCGUAUAUUAUCCUCGAUAAAAUUGAACGUUCCUGUUUAUUGGCAAAUAGACAUUUAUCAAGAAACUGGCACAACAAUUGACAUAUAUCAUAAUUAAACGAAUGAAUACAAUUUCAAUUUAAUGAUAAUACGUUUCAAACUAAUACUAAUCAAACUCUUUGUUGAACACAGUCUUUUUCUUGUAUAUUACAAAAGAAUCAUUAUGUAUAACUUUUUAAGUAAAAUCGUAAAACUUUGUAUUAAAAACGAUGAAACAUGAUAAACAUUCCAUAUAAUUAUGACGAAUAUUGUCUAUAAAAAUUACAAUAUACUAAUUAUGUAACUAAUUUUUUUAAUAUUUAUUUUAUUGUAAUCACAAAAAAUGCAAUUAAUAGGCCACUAAACUUUAUUGUUUUCGUACAGAAUGUCGUUGCUAUUUGUAUCGUAUUUAUUUUAAAAAUUUAUAUAAAUCGAUAAUAACUUGAAAACAAAGAAAACGAAGAAAAAUACUGCGAAAUAAUAUUUAAUAUAUGUAUAUCAAAUGAAAUUCCAAUGUUCAUAAAUUUUAAGUUUACCACUUUCUGCGAAUUACAUUACACGACACUUACUUUAAGCAAGAUAGUUCCGUAUUCUGUAGAAUUUUCAAAGUUCUCAACUAUUAGCAAAUAAAUAUUAUUCAGAUAGUAUUAUUAAGUAAAAAAUUGUUCAUAGUUUAGCACAUAAUACUGUCAGCUUUGACAGUAAGCAAAAAUCAGUCCGUGAUAAAAGUAUCGUCGAAGAGCGUGUCAAGUUUAUGUUAUAUUUUAUGUUUUGUAUCAAUUUAGUGUCAUGCUUUGUGUAAAUGUGUACAUAAAUUUACACAUGUGCACAAAGUAUCACUUAAUUCAAUACACUUGGUUCGUCAUUUGAAAUUACUGUUUGUUUACAUUAAAUCUUUUAAAUUUGUUAGCAAUAAUCGUAUGAGAACACUGACGAUUGCCUUAUAUUUUAUUAAAAGAUUCUUUUUUUUUAUAUAUAUAUAUAAUACUAUGUAUAUGCAUGAGAUAUAACGUGUAUUUUUUACGAAUAAAUACGUAUAUAGAGCUCGA